AGUUACCUGCCCGUGUCAGGUAAGAUGUCGCGUAAACACAUGGCCGCCAGUUGACUCAGGAUAGGUGACAAAGUGGCAGUGGCGGAUUGUUGAGCGUUCAUGUAACUACUGAACCCAAGUGACCGAUGUGCCUCAGCGUCCCGUCCCAUUUCCUUACGAGGUGGUCGUAGUGGCGGUAGAUUAUAUACUGAACGGUGCAGGGGCGACUUUGUUCCCAUACAGCGACGGGCACAGGACAGUCAGAGACAACGGAAAUAGGUUGAGACGAGGUGAGGUCGCCGGUCACAUUGUCAAUUCUAUUUCUCUAUCCGCCAUUGAGUGCCACUGAUCUUCUACUGUGUAGCGGAUUUCUGUCGUUAUUUUCAACAGAUAAAACUUGGAACAGUGGAGUUACUUUGAGCUAUCAGUUAACGAUGUCUCCCCGUGUCCGACGUGACCACGAUCAUAAGGAAAGCGAUGCCAGGAGCGAAGCUGAGUACAGGUUCCGACCACGACAACUCCGAAAAUGUAUCUACAACGCCUUAGCAACACCUCUGCCAGUAGAAGGCACAAAUGAGACGCACACCUGCAUCAGUGAGGAGAGAGUCCGCGUCCCGGUCACAACACGGGAUAAACUCCUUCGAAGGGAAAACAUCUUUAUUGAGAUGGAAACGUUCAACAACUGUCUGUGUGACAUCCACUCCCCGUUCAACUACUGUAACUUCAACCUCCUUAUCGUGCAGCAGAACAAGACGGUGCUGGAGACGUGUCUGGGGGAGCGGGAGUUCAACGUCCACCUGCACCACACAUCCCUAGACGCAAACUUCACCUGUGACAUGAAGAAAUCCGGACGCAGAAUCGCAUGUAGACCGAAUGACGUCCCAGUCCCACCGAGGGAGACCAGAUUUCAGUAUGUGUUAGACUGCUUGGGAGAAAGCCUGCCCGACUUCAGCUGCCCCAUCACAACGGCGGCCCCUCCUGGCGUGACGACGGCGGCCCCGCCAGAGUCGCGGAUCGCCUUGCUGGUGAUGGCCCUCCUCAUCAGCCUCCUGCUGGGCGUGUUGGGCACGUGGCUCGGCAUCUUCUGCUGGAGGAAGAGGAGCAAGAGGAGACGCAUCAACAGACCGCUGCCGCCUCUGAUGCCCCGCCCUGAACACUCCAGCCUGCCCAACCUGUACGACGAGGACUACACUGAGGAAAACAUAUACGAUGUCGUCAAAGCUGUGGAUGAGUCGCCCACCACCCACCCGGUACCUGACCUGCUGAGUCGAGUUCCAUCUCUCCCGCCCAUCACACCUAGACCACCACUGGGCCCUCAAGUUGAGGUCGACAAAGACAAGGCUGCUUACAACAGGAAUUCCAGCCAUAGUGAAUUCUACGAACCUUUGUUAAGAGGUCACAGCACAUCGCAAAAUAGUGACCACACGUCACCUAAAACCACCCUCCAAACUGAGGACAGUUACGGUGGUGAUUAUCUGCCCUUGUUACCAGACAGAGACAGUCGAGAAAUACCUGAAACGGAGCCAGUCAAACGAUUUCAUCCCUACGACACACCGGAUGAGUCAUUCAUGGGAACUGAAGCAGGGGAUGCAUCUAUUACAACGCCUAAGAUCGUAGAAGGCCAAGAUGAUAAACCCUCGGAAGCAAAACCAGAGUACCAUAUCCUGGAGCCUCCCGGCGGACAUACUCGCGGCGCCAGUAAGAAUCAGGAGCACACAACUCUCGACAUCAAGGAGGGGGUAACUCCUGAUACACAUGAGGAAACAUCCCCACAAACGAUCGAGGAGAAAGGACGUGUUGAGACCAGUCCAAAUGACAGUGGUUACGUGAAAGAACGGUCAAAUUUGAUAGAGGAACCAACUCAUUCGUCAAAAUCACCUGAAAGUGAAACUGAUUCAGACGGAUAUGAAAUACCGGUGUCUGAGGAGGCACCAGCUUUUGACAUUGCCUCUUCCUUUAUUAGGAAGGGGCCAAAAAGUGAAGGUGUGCACGAUAAGAACAAGGACGAUGUUGUUGAUGUCUGAUACACUGAUGCCUCGCAUCAAUUGGGCGUCAAGGUGGCCUCGUGAUUACUCUUCGUUCAUUACAUCAAAGCCAUAAGCCUAUUUCUGGUGUUGCCUGACGCGAUAAUACUGGCUUCACACCAACUUCAAGAUAUAUGUUUGAUCCAGGCAUUCUUGACAGUUACUUGUGUGUGUGUAUUUUGUGGACGAUGGAUGUGUGCGAUGAGUACCAAAUUGUGAUGUGUAUAGAAUUGUACAGAAUCAUUGUAUUUUCGUGUGUAAAUAUAAAACAGUCGUUCAGCAGUGGAUGCUAUAACAAAUACAUGAGAUCAGGGAUGUGCAGGAAAUCAAAAUGUUUUUGAUACCUGUGUGCUAUUUUUAUGCUAUCAUGUUUUUGGUCUCGGAAAGAAUGCUUUCCCACUACACCUGUUCAGUUUAUUUGAUUAUUUAUGUUUAAUUGCGUUUUGUAUUUCACCAAAGCUCAUGUCUGCAAUCAAGCAUGAUCUGCUUUUAUGGAUUCAUGAAUAAAGUCUGUUUUUUAUAUA